GUCCCAUUUAUGUUUGAAAUUGGAUGCAAAGUGCCAAGGAAAAUCUCCAAUACAACGCUUGGUCGAGUGCUCCUUAGUCCAUCCAUGAAACCACCCUCGAUUCCACUCCAAUUCUGUUGGCUCAUUCUUGGCUCUUGACUCUUGAUGCCAUUGCCACGACCCUUGGUUUCUUUUCUACCCGCCAAGCCCAACCAUGAAACCACCUUCUCCUUUCAAUUUGGCCCCCAAACCCCUCAGAACCACGAUUCCACUGACGCAAUUCUACAACAAUUCUUGCAAAUUGGGACCAAGUUUCAAAAGGGUAUCUAAACUUGAGCCUCAUGUCGCUAAAUUCCCAGCCAGCAAAAGCUCUGAGAGUCAAAUCCCAUUAGUAGCCAUUGCCGCAACCAACUCCCAAUUGGACAGCGAUGUUUUUCAAGGCUCAUCUAACAAGUUGGAAGCCAUAGAGGAGGACAUAGAGAAGGUCAUUUAUCGAUGUCGGUUUUUGACUAUUCUGGCUGUUUUUGGGUCUUUAACAGGAUCAUUUCUUUGUUUCGUCAAGGGUUGCACUUAUAUUAUGUCAUCUUUCAUGGAAUAUUUUGUGAAUCGUGGCAAAGUGAUUUUUUUGCUGGUUGAGGCCAUAGGUGAAGAUGUCUAUCUACUGGGAACAGUAAUGCUGGUUUUUGGAAUGGGUCUUUAUGAGCUCUUUGUCUGCAAUCUUGAUAUAGCAAAAUCACAAACAAAGGAAAAGAUUUCAUCCACAUCAAAUCUCUUUGGCUUGUUUGCUUUAAAGGAACGACCGAGAUGGUUAGAAAUAAAAUCUGUGAGUGAACUGAAAACCAAACUCGGGCAUGUAAUAGUGAUGCUUCUUCUAAUAGGAUUUUUUGAGAAGUGCAAGAAGGCUGUUAUAAACACUCCUGUGGAUUUGCUUUGCUUCUCAGCAUCUGUCCUUCUAUCAUCAGGUUGCCUGUUUUUGCUAUCUAAGCUCAAUGGCUCUACAUGAAUGUUCUGUAAAGACAUUAGUUAGGCAAAGCUAACUUUGAAAAAAAAAAAUGUAAAUAUAUAUGUUAGAAACAACGUGUUGUUCCUGAUAUGUAUUAUUUCUAAACUAUCUAACGCACUUAAAAAUUGUCAUUAUUCGUAAUCUUAUGUUUGAAGCCAAGGGGGGUUUAGCAUUUUAGAACAGCGAAAAGAAAACAGUUUUGCCUAAAUUACACAACCGCAUGGUGAUGCCUUUUAUCUACAUUUACAAUCAACAUGACAGUUGGUAUUAUUGGCUUUGAUUUACUCAUCAUCCUAUAUACUUAUAGUAUAUAUGUCGUUAAACUCAAGCGGCACUGACAGCGAGAAAUAAACAAGAAUAUAUGCUCAAUACACUCUUGGAAGGAAAAUUCCAGGAAUUUUGGGCCUCUUUAUGUACCCAAAAUUAAAUUAAAGAUAGCACUAAUUAAUGAAAGCUAUGAAAAUGGCAUAACAACAGCAAGAUCAAGAUUCCGCACCUGGUCCUAUCUAUAGUAACUUUUUCUUUUAGGAGCAACUGGUCGUAAAUAGUAAUGAGAGCAUAAGGAGAAGGAGUUGUUAAUAUAUAGUAAUAGCAGUACUUAAUGGCAAGUCUUGUACCUUU